GCGAGCGACAGGCAGAGCGCAGAGCGCGUCCGGGCACUGGAUCGGCUGCAGCUCAAGCAGCGCCCGGCUCCUUCCUCCGCCCCCGACGCUCCCAUGGGCGGGCCCUGCCCGGCCCCUUCCCUCCCCUCCUAGGCGCCCCCAGCCCUCCUGCCCACUUAGGGGCCGGGGGGGGCGGAGGGGCCGGGCGCCCCAAACUUUGCCCGCCCACGUCGCGCAGGCUUCCUCUAUGGAGUUGCGCCGGGCGCUCCUCUGCUGCUGGUGCCUGGCGCUCCCCUGCAGCCUUUUGCUGCUGCUCCCCGCGCCGGGCCGGGGUCACCCGCAGCCCUGCCACAUCCUGGCUCGGAUCGGGCACACGGUGCGGCUGGGCGCCUUGCUGCCCCGCGGAGGAGGCGCGCAGAGCCGGGUGCGCAACGCCUUGGCUCGGGCCAGCCGCGCCGCCGCCGCCGCCCUACCUUACAACCUCAGCCUGGAGGUGUUGCCCGGGGCUCCCCUCUAUCGGGACCCGGCCUCGCUGGCGCGCUGGCUGUGCCAGGCGCUGGUGGUGCGAGGAGUCGCCGCCGUGCUCGCCUUUCCCGCGUCCCGGCGGGAGCUGCUCCAGGUGGAUUUCGCCGCCGCCUUUCUGGACAUCCCCUUCAUCAGCAUCAGGCAGGAACCGGAGCUGGAGGGCGACGAUGUCGACGAGCCCCCCAUGCCCUUCAGGACCCGGAACCCCUUCCAUCUCCACAUGGACCAAUGCGGUGACUUUGAGACUCUCCUGGACCUGCUGGUCACCAUCUUCCAUGCCAACCGUUGGCAAGACGUCACCCUGGUUUUGUGCCAAGCGUGGGAUGCCUCGGCCUUCAUGGAUCUCUGGACCAGCCACGCCCACCUGGAGAAGACGGCGGUGAUUGACUUGAGCUUCCUCGAUGAGAGAGAAGCCGCUCGCCACCUUCGGCGGCACUUGGAGGAAUACCGCGAAUUGCCCGGCCCGGCUUUGCUUUUCGGUUGCAAUGCUCAACUCUCCCAGCUCGUCUUUCGGAUGGCGAAGGAGUUGGGGGUCACUCAGCAGUUCCACUGGAUUUUGGGGCAACCCCAGAACGUGGAUGAGCUCCAGACCGAGGGGCUGCCCUUAGGUCUUUUGGCCUUUGGGGAGGUGGACAGGCCCUCCAUGGAACACUUCGUCCAGGACGCCGUAGAGCUGGUCUCCCGUGCCAUUUCCCGGGCUGUCUACGUUCGUCCUGACCUCGCCCUCAUCCAGAGCAUGGUGAAUUGCAACGACAAACACGUUGUGGACUCUGAAUCCUCUGGACUCUACCUUUCCCAGUUUUUAGCCAACACAUCUUUCCAUGGCCAGACUGGCGAGGUCUUUGUGCACAACACGUCCCACAUCCACACUGACCGUCACUACAAAAUCUGGAGCCUGCUGAGGGAUUCAGUGGGCCAGCCCACGUGGGUGACGGUGGGCAGCUGGAAGGGGGGCGAGAUGGAGGCCGAGGAGGGCAGCUGGCCGCAGCACCUGCAGCGCAGGAACCAGGCUGAGGGCGGGGGCUUCUCACGCAUGAAGCUGCGGGUGGUGACCUUGGUGGAGCACCCCUUUGUCUUCAUCCGGGAGGUAGACGAAGAGGGCAACUGUCCAGCGGGGCAACUUUGCCUAGACCCUCACACCAACGACUCCUCCGUGCUCAACGCCCUCUUUGAGGAACUGAAUUCAGAGAAUGGCUCCAUGCCCAUGGAGUACCGAAAGUGCUGCUACGGCUACUGCAUCGACCUCUUGGAGAAGCUGGCUGAAGACUUGCCCUUUGACUUUGACCUCUACAUUGUGGGGGAUGGAAAGUACGGGGCUUGGAAGAACGGCCGCUGGACGGGGCUGGUAGGAGAUCUCUUGAGUGGCACGGCCCACAUGGCCGUGACCUCCUUCAGCAUCAAUUCAGCCCGGAGCCAAGUGAUUGACUUCACCAGCCCUUUCUUCUCCACCAGCUUGGGCAUCCUGGUGAGGAUCCGGGACACGGCAUCGCCCAUCGGGGCCUUCAUGUGGCCAUUACACUGGACCAUGUGGGUGGGCAUCUUCGUGGCUCUCCACAUGACGGCCCUCUUCCUCACCUUGUAUGAGUGGAAGAGCCCCUACGGCAUGACGCCCCACGGCCGCAACCGCAUGAAGAUCUUCUCCUACUCCUCCGCCCUGAACCUCUGCUAUGCCAUCCUUUUUGGCCGCACCGUCUCCAGCAAGACCCCCAAGUGCUGGACAGGCCGUUUCCUCAUGAACCUCUGGGCCAUCUUCUGCCUCUUAGUCCUUUCCAGCUACACAGCCAACCUGGCCGCAGUGAUGGUGGGCGAAAAAACGUUUGAGGAACUCUCUGGGAUUCAUGACCCCAAGCUCCACCAUCCGUCCCAGGGUUUUCGUUUUGGCACCGUCUGGGAGAGCAGCGCAGAGGAAUAUAUCAAGAAGAGUUUCCCAGACAUGCAUGAAUACAUGAGGCGGCACAGCGUCCCCACCACUCCUGCGGGGAUCACGAUGCUCAAGACCAACCCCCCAAAGCUGAAUGCCUUCAUCAUGGAUAAAUCUUUGCUGGAAUACGAGGUCUCCAUUGAUUCAGACUGCAAACUCUUAACUGUUGGAAAGCCGUUCGCUAUUGAAGGCUACGGCAUCGGCCUUCCCCAGAACUCACCUCUGACCUCCAACGUCUCCGAGUUCAUCAGCCGCUACAAGUCUGCCGGCUUCAUGGACCUCCUGCACGACAAAUGGUACAAGAUGGUGCCCUGCGGGAAAAGGGUCUUUGCUGUUACUGAGACUCUGCAGAUGGGGAUCUACCACUUCUCCGGCCUCUUUGUCCUCCUUUGCAUCGGACUCUGUGGCUCCCUGCUCACCUCCCUCGGAGAACACGUCUUUUACCGACUCAUCUUGCCUCGCAUUCGGCGCAAGAAGAAAUUCAAUUAUUGGCUCCAUACCAGCCAGAAAAUACACCGGGCUCUAAACAUGGGACUGGAGGAACAGAGGCUCAAGAAGCUGAAGUUGGAGAAAAGUUGCAAUCUUCAAAAGCUUCCAGAUGAACCCCAGCCUUCCCCCAGCCAGGAGGCCUGGAACAACCUCCGUGGCACAGCAAUAAAGAAGGAAGACAAACGGGUGCACUUCAACAUUGAUAACAUCCCAGAGGAAUCCUCCGAAGACGAGCGAGCAGGGCCCGUGUGGCAUUGCAUGAACGGCCAGGACCCCCAGCAGGACAGCAAGGAGGCCAAGCAGAAGGAACUGGAGGAGCUGGAGAGCAAAAUUGAAGAUAUGCGUGAGCAGCUGAGGGUGGCCCUGGUACGGAAGAGUGAGCUCAUGGUGGCCCUUGGACCACCCCCGAAAGCUCCUCGGCUGCCCCCUGCCCUGAAGGCAUUGAUCAGGGAGAGCAAGGAGGACAGGUGAUGGAAUGGAGGGGGUGACUUGAGCUGGACUCUGGACUCAUUUUCCUGGUGAAGAAUGCCAGUGCAAAGAGCAAAACCGUGAAGAAUAGAUACUGGUCGGGAGAUGGUUUUUUUUCCCUAGCUUUCCUUGCCUUCCCCCAGAUCAGUUUCCAUCCAAGGGGCCAUCGUGGGUUGCUGGUCACCCUUAUGUGCAUGUGGAAAGUCCCUCUUAAUCCAUGUCUGUUGAAAAAGCCACCAGGAUGAGAAAGAUGGUGGCAGAGUGGUUGACAAGCAGGCAGAGCUAGAUAUGUUCGGAAUCCAGAUUAUUAAUUCACAGAUCUUCUAAGUCAGUGGUUCUCAACCUGUGGGUCGGGACCCCAUUUGGGGUCGA